ACGUCGGCUCCAGCAGCCAGCGCCUGACUUGGGGGACGCCGGGAGCGAAUCUGGCAGGAUGACUUUGGGAAUCUUCUCAAAUUGCACCUUCUGUUUGAAAGUCAAGUACUUACCUCGUCAACAAAAGAGAAAGCUACAGUUUGACAUUAAGGAAAACGGUGGAAAGUUUUCUCUCGUUCUAAAUCCCCAGUGCACCCAUGUCGUCUUAGACAAUGCUGAUUUCCUAAGUCAGUACCAACUGGACUCUAUCCGAAAGAAGCGCGUCCACAUUGCAAGUCCCGAGUUCAUCUGGGACUGCAUCAAAGAAAGGAGACUCUUGGAUGUCAAGAACUAUGAGCCUACCGAAGCCCUGGCCGUCACGCUGCCUCCUGAUCAAAACACCAGGAGUUCCGAAGUGGAAACGGAUGACCUGUCCCUGGAUGAUGUCAUGAAGCAAGAAGACACUGUGGAACCCACCGAGUUUCAUGUAGAGAAUGUUGAAAUUUCUCAUUUUCCUCAAGAUUUUGAAGUUGCAAAAUAUAACACCUUGGAAAAAGUGGGGAUCAAUGGCGACCCGGAAGUGGUGGUGGUAGAGCUGUGCUGCUCUCAGGCCCCUGAGGACCCUCCGUUCCUGAUUUGUGCACACUUCCUGCUGGCUGACGGCGUGCAGACUAGAAGACAGUUCGCUGUCAAGAAAACCGCUGCAGAUGCAAGCGAAUACUAUGCAAAUUACAUUGAAGAACUGAAGAAGCAAGGAUUUCUGCUCAGGGAACACUUCACACUCCAAGCCACCCAAUUAGCAUCUGAAAAACUGCAAGCCCUGCUUUUGGAGGAGGUCAUCGGUGCCGGCCCUCUGAGCCCGGAGGUGAGCGACUUGGUGGAGUUGUUGUGGUCGGAAGUUCUGGGCCACCUAGAGCACACGCUGCUCAAGCCCGUGAACAGCAUCAGCCUCAACGAUGUGAGCAAGGCAGAGGGAAUUCUCCUUCUAGCAAAGUCUGCACUGAAGAAUGGAGAAACAGCACAGCACUUGCGAAAGGUGGUUGCUGAAUUCUACAGAUUAAUACCUCACAAAGCCCCAGGCCCCGAAGAAGUCAACCUGAAGCUCUUGGCUAAGGAGGAAGACCUAUGCCAGCUAAUAAGAGACAUGGUUAAUGUCUGUGAAACUAAUUUUUCCAAACCCAACCCACCAUCUCUUGCCAAAUACCGAGCUUUGAGGUGCAAAAUUGAGCACGUUGAACAGAAUACUGAAGAGUUUCUUAGCAUUAAAAAGGAGAUACUAAAGAACAAUCACGGGAAACAUCGUGUGAACAUCUUGCAGAUGUUUCGAGUCGGCAGAGUGAAUGAAACCACCGAAUUUCUCAGCAAACUGGGCAACGUGAGGCUCCUGUUACACGGAUCUCCAGUCCGUAACCUCAUAGGAAUCCUGUCCCGGGGUUUGCUUUUACCCAAAGUGGUUGAAGAUCGUGGUGUGCACAGAACGGACAUUGGGAAUCUUGGAAGUGGAAUAUACUUCAGUGAUUCGCUCAGUGCAACUAUUAAAUAUGCACAUCCCGGUGAGACCGAGGGCACCAGGUUCCUGCUUGUCUGUGACGUGGCCCUCGGGGAGUGUAUAGAAUUUGACCAGAAGGACUUCUCUUUAACCGAGGCCCCAGAAGGCUACCACAGUGUGCAUGGAGUAGCACGAACAGCCUCGCUCAACACGGAUUUUGAGGAUGACGAAUUUGUGGUAUAUAAAACUAAUCAGGUUAAAAUGAAAUAUAUUAUUAAAUUUUGCCUGCCUGAGGAUCAAAUAAAGAGCUUUAGGCCUCCUAACAAUAUUGAACUAGAGCAAUACAGACCUCCUGUGUUCUCAGACAGCUCCAAAAUUGAAGAUUACCAGUUGCCAGACACCAAAGCCCCCAGCAGUACCCAGGCUGGCCUUCAAGACACCUCUGGAAAUCUGAUUCCCCUUGAGAAUGUUCACGUCAAAGGGAGAAUAAUAGACUUCGUGGCCCAGGUGGUUCUUUUCCAGACAUACACAAAUCAAAGUCAUGUGCCCAUUGAGGCGAAAUACAUCUUUCCUUUGGAUGACAAGGCAGCUGUGUGUGGCUUUGAAGCAUUCAUCAAUGGGAAGCACAUAGUAGGAGAGAUUAAAGAGAAGGAAGAAGCCCAGCGUGAAUACCGAGAGGCCAUCAGCCAAGGUCAUGGCGCUUACCUGAUGGACCAGGAUGCUCCGGAUGUUUUUACUGUGAGUGUUGGCAACCUGCCCCCUGCAGCUAAGGUUCUUAUCAAAAUCACCUACAUCACAGAACUGACCCUGCAGGGCCCCGUGGCUGUCUUCUUCAUGCCAGCCACCGUGGCUCCCUGGCAACAGGACAAGGCCUUGAAUGAAAACCUUCAGGACACAGUAGAGAAGAUUUGUGUGAAGGAAAUAGGAACACAGCAAAGCUUCUCUUUGACUAUGUCUAUCGAGAUGCCAUAUGUGAUCAAGUUCAUUUCCAGUGACACGCAUGAACUAAAACAAAAGAGCACUGACUGCAAGGCGGUCGUCAGCACCGUGGAAGGCAGCACCUUGGAGAGCAACGGCUUCUCCCUUCACGUCGGUCUGUGUGAUCCGUACCUCCCAAGGAUGUGGGUGGAAAAACAUCCAGAAAAAGAAAGUGAGGCAUGCAUGCUUGUCUUUCAACCCUGCCUCACUGCCACCCUCCCACACGUGGCCGACAGGAACGAAGUGAUUAUUUGUCUUGACUGUUCCAAUUCCAUGGAGGGGGUGACAUUCACCAACGCCCGAAAGAUUGCCUUGCACGCCUUGUCCCUGCUAGGCAAGAAGCAGAAAGUAAACAUCAUCCAGUUCGGCACAGGUUACAAGGAGCUAUUUUCAUAUCCUAAGAACAUCACAAGUCAAAAAGUGCUGACGGACUUCAUUUUGUCAGCCACGCCUACCAUGGGGAACACAGACUUCUGGAAAACCCUACGGUACUUAAGUUUACUGUACCCCGCUCAAGGGUUACGGAACAUUCUCCUGAUAUCUGACGGGCACCUCCAGAAUGAGAGCCUGACCUUACAGCUCGUGAAAAGGAGUGUCCACCACACCAGGCUGUUCACCUGUGGAAUUGGUGCCUCUGCGAAUCGUCACAUCUUGAGGACUUUGUCCCAGUACGGUGCUGGAGUGUUUGAAUAUUUUAAUUCAAACUCCAAACAUAGUUGGAAGAAACAGAUAGAAGAGCAAAUGGCCAGGCUGCAUUCUCCAAGUUGCCACUCUGUCUCUGUCAAGUGGCAGCAGCUCAGUCUGGAUGCCCCUGAGCCCCUGCAGGCCCCCGCCCAGGUGCCCUCCUUGUUUCACAACGACCGGCUCCUCGUCUAUGGAUUCAUUCCCCAUUGUACACAGGCAACUCUGUGUGCGCUGAUUGAAGAGAAGGAAUUCCAGGCCAUGGUGUCGACUACCGAGCUCCAGAAGACAACGGGAACUAUGAUUCACAAGCUGACAGCGCGAGCUCUGAUCAGAGACUAUGAAGACGGCAUUCUCCAUGAAAACGAGACAAAUCAUGAGAUGAAGAAGCAAACUUUGAAAUCUGUCAUCAUUAAGCUCAGCAAAGAAAAUUCUCUUAUAACGCAAUUUACCAGCUUUGUGGCAGUUGAGAAAAGGGACGGUGAUGGGGCACCUUUUCCUAAUAUACCAAACAUCUCAACACUCAUUGCCGAAGAAGAUGUCGACUUCCUGCCUUACAUGAGCUGGGAGGAGAAGCAGCCAAGUCCCAGGGCGGCACAGGAUCUUUCUUCAGCAUCCCCUGCAGAGGACGCAGUGCAGGUAGAAUAUUCUGCUCUGUUUGAUGUUGAUGACGGUCUCACACUCGGUGCAUGUCGCUAUGAACGUCCCGCAUUCGAUGAAUGUCGCUCUUAUCUUUGCACACUCGAAGAAUGUGAAGAAAUGGAAAUGCCAUUGGGUUUAGGACAUACGAUUUUUGCUACUGAAGAGGACAGUGUGACGUAUUUCGGAGAAGCCACGCCACCACCAAAAGUGAUUGCCAAUAGCUUUCCUCUGUCUGCCGAUGCCGGAGCCGCCGUCUCCCUCACCUGCCCUCCUCCACCCCGUAGCCCAGCACCCAUCCGUCCUCCCCCACCACUACCUGGGGGCAUUCCUUUCUCUGCUUCUCUCACCUUCCUUACUCCAUCCCUUAGCCCAGCACCCAUCUCUCCUCCUGCACCACUACGUGAGGUCAUUCCUUCCUCUGCUGCUCUCAUCGCCCCUCGUCGUCUGUCCCGUAGCCCAGCACCCAUCCCUCCUCCCCCACCACUAUCUGAGGUCAUUCCUCCCUCUGCUUUUCCCACCUUCCCUCCUCGACCCCCUAGCCCAGCUUUCAUGCCGCUUUCCCCAGCACUACCUGGGGCCUUUAGUUCUUGUGCUUCCUGCCAAACAAAAUUAAGCCUUGCUAGCAACGACCAAGAGAUGGGGUCUCAUCCCAGCCAGUUGCCCCAGGUCCUCACAGCAGGGACCUCUUGGGACACGCUUGGGGCUGAAUUCUCAGCUCUACCUGCACCCCAGCCAGGGCUAAGCUUUAGCUCCGUUGGUGUCCUUUGUCAGAAGGCUCCCUCCCCGUCUCCUCCCAGAUCCUCUACCACUGGUCCCAGCAUAGCCUACCAAUCCCAUGAUUCCACGGCUAAUGUGAAGUUGAGUUCAAGAAGCUUCUUUCAAAGGCAACCUCUCAGGGAUACCCUUGGCAAUGCUCCUGCCAGAUUAAAGUCAGCUAAAGUCAGAUUAGGUUCUGCUGUGCAAUUCAAACGCGGUGCUCUCUUGAGUUUUGAGGAUUCUGUCGAAGUAGAUGGUUCCCAGCAAAGUGAUCAGCUUCCAAGCGAGAUGUUAAUGCAGCCAGAUUCAGCUGUCAAAGACAGUAACUUGCCAAUGGCUCCAUACAGUGCAAUCAAAGGAAGCAAAAGGAAAACCCAGCCCUUUAAGGCCGCAGGAGGAGGGCAGGCCGUGGACAGUCAUCAGAGCUGGAUGGGUGCUGUGACCUGCAGGAAGCUCUUCAGUCUACAAACCAAGGAUGGCUUCUGGAAACUUACACCCGAGCUAGGAGUUAUGCUAAACGUUAAAGUGAAUGCCUUAUGCGGCUUCCUUGAGCAAAAAGGCAUUGGCUCAUUAGGUGUCAGUGGAAGAGAAAACCUCCUGAACCUGAUUGCCACGUUGUUGGUCCUGCAGUUUUUUUGCACCAUGUUGGAACAUGAGGGAAUCGUUGUCAAGUCCUGGAGGACGUUGGAUGCAUCUUCCACCUCCAGGAAAAUCCUUUGGAGAUAUACUGAGAAAAUAAAGAAAGCAAAUGAAUGGGUGAAAAGAAUGGAAGGACAAUAUUCGUCCAUCUGCCAGCGGCUUGAACUGGGCAAAGACUGGGAAUCGGCCACCAAGCAGCUCCUGGGGAUCGAGCCGGGUGACCCAGCCUCUCCGCUCCAUAGAGCUCUUAGCCAAAGCCAAGGCUGAAGCCGGUGCCACUGUGUUUUCAUUCUUUUCCAUGCGUCUGUAUGCAAAAUAAUCAUAUGCAAUUGAGAGCUUAUAAUUAGUCUUACAUGAUUUUAUUCAGCAUAGCAAUCAGAAUGGAUCAUUUGAAUCAAUUAGCAAGAAAGAAUAAAAUGAA